UACUGUGCUAUAAAGUGAGUCGGGAAAUAUCACGGCGAUAAUAAAUAAAACAGUUUAUACCAUAUUGUGAAAUAUAAAAUGAGCAUCGCCAAAGGUAAGAUUGCAUAAAAUUAUGUGAACUUCAACAAAACAAUAAAAUCAAAUAAGGUUAAGAUUGUGGCAAUUAUAAAAUAAAUAGAAAUGUUUUUUUCAUUUUUAUUACAGCAUUUUUCCUGUUGAUGUUGGCUUACCUUUCAUUCACACUAUGCAACUGUUCAGCAAAAAAGGUAAACGAUCAAUUAUAUACACGAAGGUUACUAAAUUUGAAAGAUAUGAUAGACUUUGCGAGCAGUCUCUUCACAGCGAAAAGAGAAUAUAUUCAGAAACUCCAUAGCAUCUCUAAAAAAGCGCUUAAUAACACGCUAACGUUCAGGGAAAAUUCCAAAAAACCAGUUGGUACGAAACGCCGUGCGAAAGAAAUUUUGGAAGAUGGAUGGAAUACAUAUAACAUAUCUAUGGAAGAAAUAGUACGUAACAGAUUAAAAGAAUUGAGAUCACUACUUCAAGAUGAUAAUGCGAUUUCAUUUAGUGAGGACAGAAUGGACACUAUUAUUGUAGAGUUUAGGCCCUUGAAAGAAGCUAUCAAUGAUUCAGCUAAAGAACUACAUGAAAGGUUGGGCAAUUUAGACCCUAAUCUUAAAGCCAUUGAAAACACAGAUGAAUGUCCAAGCUUUGUAGUUUGCUCAGAGGAUCUACAAAAUUUUCUCCUUGACUUUUACAAGUCACUGUUAGAGACUACCAAUGCAGCACUUCAGCCAUACGCAGCCAUGUAUUCAGGAUACGUGAGUCCCAAAGGAGAUGUAGGUAAACAGGUUGUUGAAGAAGUGAAAAUGGCUAAAAUAGCUAUUAAAUCCGAAAUAGCUAAGAUUUACGAGAAAGCCGUCAACUCUUUCCAACUGUCCAAGAACAAGAAUCGAAAUGAAAACACGGGAAUAAUUAAAGAGUUCAUAUUGGAAACGAUAAAACAAGUUAAAGAGGCGAUCCCUGAAACAAUAAAGAAGGUUAAAAGUUCGCGUUUGCGUGCAAGCUUGCAGCAUAAGAUUGCAAAUGAUGUGUAUAUGAGUGUAGGUUCACAGUUAGAUAGUGUCGGAAAUCUGCUGAAAAAAGACAUUUGCACCAUCUUCUACAGCUGUAUCAGCAGAAUUAGCACUAAAAGAACCAUGGAUGAAGAAAAAGAAGGCGUUUACGUAAUCUUCGCUCCAAGUAAUGGCACAGAUGUUCCCAUGAGAAGUGUCGAAGACUCGGAAAGGUUAUACACAAUAAAUUUAGACGACUAUACUAAUGUGAUUGUUACAAGGACGAGUAAAAACCCUAAUGGGUCUGUUAGAAGGAGGACUACAAAGCCUAAUCGGUCGAUUACACCUAACCUAAAGUGCAGUGCCGAGUCAGCCUCUUGCUAGCCGUUCAUUGGUCGAGGACCGGCCGAGGAUACUGUCUCACCACUGUACUCGUUAGGUGUAAUCGACCCAUAAAAUAACUCCACACCAUUAAGACGAGUCGCUGAAGGCACAAAAUAGACCAUUAUACUGUUCAAGAAUCUUAACAUUUUUUGUAUAGAACUAGAGGAUAUAAGGGAUCAUCAAAAAAAAAUAUGUUAAGAUAUCAUUAGGUAUUAUAUUGAAAUACUUAUAAAUAAUUUACAUACAAACAAUAGUUACUGAAUACUUAUAUAAAAUGAAACAGUCUUAUAACAAUUUAUUACUCAACAAUAAACACCAAGCAUUGAACACAACUCAUUAUUCGACUUGUAACUUGCUCAGAUCAGUCGCCACCCUUGUACAAUAAUAAUUACAACACCUUAUGUAUAAUUUUAAUUCCCGUAGUUAGUCGGCAACUCGUUAUAGACA